AUCGCGCCCUAAACAAAAAUAAUGUCAGGAUUUCGUCCUAAAAAUACGAUAUCAAGAUCGCGGCCGUACCAAAUACAAUGUCGAGAUCAAGCCUAAAACAAAAACAAUAUCAAGUCACGCCAUAAACAAAUACAAUGUCAAGAUCACGCCAUAAACACAUGCAAUGUUGAGACCACUCCCAUAAAUAUUACCAUAAAAAACAAAUACAAUAUCAAAUUCACGCCCUAAACAAAUACAAUAUUAAGAUCACGCCAUAAACAUAUACAAUGUCGAGAUCACGCUAUACACAAAUACAAUGUUGAGAUCACUCCCUAAAUAGUAGAUAAACAAAUAAAAUGUCAAAAUCGCGCCCUUAACAAAUGCUAUGUCAAGAUCGCGCCUUAAACAAAUACGAUGUCAAGAUAGCGUCACAAACAAAUACAAUGUCAAGAUCACGUAACAAACAAAUACAAUGUUGAGAACAGUCCCUGAAUAUUACCAGGAAAAAAACCAAAUACAAUGUCAAAUCGCGCCAUAAACAAAUACAAUGUCAAGAUCGCACCCAAAACAAAAACAAUGUCAAGAUCUCUUCCACCCGCACUGAUAAAUCUCACGGCAUUUAAUUACCAUUCACAAAUAAUAAAACUUGCACACUUGCACACACAGACCCAAUACAAUUUCCGAACCAUGACAUUAAUUACCCAAGAGCAACAUUCUUUUUCAAUUGAAAUAUCGACAUCACGUCCCAAACCCAGAAAAAUGUCAUAAAUUUACAUACAGCAACAUCCUAGCUUAUUCAAAUGAAAUAUAGAUAUCACGUCCAAAACUAAGUAAAAGUAAAAAUUCUGGAAACAUGUCAAACGUGUACGUAAUGGAUGUCAAUAAACAUCAGAAAGUUAUGUUUUUUAUAUUAGCAUCCAUUUAUAUUAUUGGAGUGUUCUAAUUAUUAAACAUUUAUAUAAAUGAAGUUGAAAAACAUUCCGCCCGCAAAAGAAAUAUGUCAUGUACAAAAUUUUACUUUUUUUAUCAUGCUUUGUCUUAAUUAAGAGGCCGUUUCAUUAAGCAAAGAUUUUUGGUGUUUCCUUUGCGCGGUCGCUUAAUACACGUUUAACUGUAAAUGAUAUGUUUUUUUGAAAACAGAACAGCGUAUUGAUUUUAAUAAGAACUAAUUUUAAUUCUGUAUUGUAAAUCUUCAGACGUAGAUCAAUGUAUUACUGUUAUAAUACACUUCACAUGGUCUUAAAUUUGUUAACAGAUUAAAUAUUUUGUUCCAGCUUUACAAAAGUUUAGAAACCAAUUCUAAAUGGAGUAACAAGCUUAAAGUAAUACUGUGGAAAUAUGUUCACGUACUUCACGGAGUUUUACAAGCAGGCGGUUUACCAUUUUAUGGUCAGUGCAGGAUGUGCGGUAUUGUUCGCCCUCGGUCUUCAUUACUCUCAGGGAUCAAAUGGUGACAGUAGUCUGCCUUACUUUGUACCUGCUAUUGUUCUCUCUACCUUUCAUUUUAUGUCGACGAUUGUAGCAUUCCUGUCAUAUUACUUCGCCAGGUCAUUAUCAGACAUCUACGAUACUCUCAGACGCUGGGAUAAUUCAGAAAAACAUUUCAGAAGACUGAAAGCUUUCUACCUAAUCCUGCAGUACAUUUCCUUCAUAUGGAGCAUCGUUGGUGCAUCGAUGGCUGGUAAUAGUGGAGUGUGUGGUAACAAGGAAAACCCAUGCUACUAUACAGUUAACAAAUGGGAGAACAGGACAAUCGCUAUCGUCAUUGUGGUCAGUCAUGUUAUCAACGCUGUAAUAACAUUUAUCAUCUGCUCAACAAGGCACAAAAUAAGACCUGAAAAUGAUGUCACUUCCUUGAAUAUAAAACGGAAGAAAAUUGACACAACUCAAGAUCUGGUCCUGUCUUCAAAGCCACCAAACUUCAAACUUAAAUUGAAUACUCAUGAUUCAUUGGCACAAACACAGACUAGUAAAACUAAUUCGUCUCCCAAAAAACCCAAACCAUUAAAGAAAAUAAGCAUUAUAAGUAAUGGACUUACAUUAAAUGAAAACAAAGAAUGUAAACGAAACAACUUGCUUCCACCUUUGAAAGAACCGUUGAAACGACAUCGAACAGUACAUGGCGGUCCACUCAGUGCAGCAGACGACACAUAUGACCACAAUAUUGUCACUCUAGAAAAGUUAAAUAGAAAUAGAAGUGAAACAAAACGUUUUCUGAAAAACAGAAACACGUCUCUCAUACAAACAGAAAACGGAGCGUUAUACAGCGGUUCUGAUGAUCUAAGUCAUACUUGUAAUGAAUCGAUGAUAAAAAGUCGUUCAAACAGAAAUAAAGAGAAUAUUAAUUUAAUCCGGAGGAUGAGUCAACAUCCAAAUGAACCUCCUCCAUCUUACAACCAAGUUAUAGAAUCUAGAGACACCACUCCAUACUGGAUUCCACCAGAACCACAACACAAUGAAAGAUUGCACUAUCUUCCAGAAAAUAUGUACACCGGAAAUUCUUAUCCGGACACAGACAUUGUCCCAAUACAGCCACUGAAAGUGUCAAAAACUAAAUGACAAAAAUUAAUAUAAAGGAUUCAAACGAUACCAAAAGCUUGACAGUAAAUAGUUAUAUAAUUGUAUUUGCAUCUUAGUGAUGUCACAAUGACAUAAAUUUAAAAGUUGCUUUCGUAUAAUACAUGUAUUAAUUGAUAGCUCACUACAAUCUAAACGUUACAUCAUUGAUAAGGCACUACAUCCGACAAAUGUUAACGUAGUUAAAUAUCUUGGAGAUGACAUCAUUUCAUUACAUUUCUCUCUAUACAUGUAUAUAAUUAUAUAAAUCUCACGGUGGUUUUGAAAGUUGUACUUUACAUAAAGGUAAUGGUUUAACUUUACUGGACUAAAGUUUAAUUAAUCCAUCUAGAGCAAUACAUUAUAGCAAACCAUUGUAUACUACUCAAAGUUUGAGAAGCACCGAGAGUAUUUUUGUUACUUAGGUUGUACGUAAAAUAUUAGAUUUAUUUCUGUUCUUAUAAUAUGACAUAGUGAUUUAUAAACAUCAUUAAGGAAUUUGUUACCAAUUGUAAUGUGUUUUCAUGUUGAUUUGUUUUGAUUUUAAUGAAAUUGUGUUUUAGACGGAUAUGGUGGAAUUUGUGAAAAACUCAUAUUUGCCCCGAAAAAUCUUUGCUUAUCACUGAUUUUGCUUUAAUAGCAAGUAUGUGACCCAGUGUUGUCAAUGACCGUCGUUGUAUACACCCUAUCAGGUUUCUUAGGGCGGCUUGUGGGAUAGUAUUCCACUCGACAAGGGCGGCACCAAGCUCCUGAGUGCUUUUUGGCUGGACCUGACGGGCUGAAAUACGGACCUGUAGCUCACUCCAUAAAUGCUCAAUGGGGUUAAGAUCCUGGGAUCGGGCCAGUCAGUCCAAACAAGUAAUACCCUGUCUUUCCGAGUACUCUUGGAGACAUUGGCUGUAUGGGGGAGGGCAUUAUCAUCCAUCAAAAUGAACCCAUUACCAAUUGCACCUCAGCAUACAACAUUACCUUGGUGUUCAGGAUCUCAUCUCGAUACCGCUUGGCAGUCAAUGUGCCUCUGUCGAGGUCAAUGAGGUCAGUAUGUCAAUCCCAGCUGAUUCCACACCAGACAAUUAUUGAUCCGCCGCCAUACAGGUCGUGUUCCGCAAGGUUUGCUGUAUGGAACCGUUCCCCUAACCUUCGCAAUACUCUAGCACGCCUAUCAGUGUAGUCAAGGCAGAACCUUGACUCGUCGAUGAAGAGGACAGGUCACAAGUCCAUCCUGCUCCAACCAACAUGGCCCAUGGCCCAAUCAUAUCGGAGACCGCAGUGGUUUUUUGUUAGACAGCGGGAUCCGUAUACAUAGUCUUCUCUUUCAUGCAAACAUGUACGCAUGGUUGGUGUUGACACACGCACUCCUGAAGCAUUUUGAAGGUCAGAACGAAUUAAGUUGAGUAGCAGUUGCAAAACGAUUUCUUCGUGCCUAGAUGACCAGAAAACGAUCCUCAGCCUCAGUAGUCACCCUUGUUGUGCAACCACCAUGUCGUCUAACAGGUGUACCAUGCUGUUGGAACCUCGCCCAGUCUCGGGUGAUAACCGUAUGGUCCACACCAAACACCUCACGAUGUCGACCCCCUGUUCCACCAUAUCAACAUCCCGCCACAACACUGCUUCUGAUAAAUGCCUGCUAACAUUUGCAUUCGCCAUUAUUCAAUCUGCCACAUGUACAUGACAAUAUGAAAUGUUCGGGGUUAUAAUCCGUAAUUGCUCUGUUGUGUUUUUCACUCCUCUCCCAACAUUAAUUCAAUAUCUAUUUGUCUUUUCAUUCAUAUUAACACUUUAAAUAUUCUUGAGGGACAUUUAAGUUACGUAUUAAAACGUUCUUCGACAGUGAUUUAGCUGAUAAGUGAGACUAAAAAUUUAUUUAAUAGUCAUCAUUGAGAAUAAAGCGUAAAACCGGAAAAUCAAAGGUGUCCGAUGUCCGA